CACACAUAGCUGUUUACAGUCGCCAGAUGUUAACCUUGGUGUGUGUUGUCUCGAUUCGGACAAGUAAACAACAUUGCUAACUGCAUGCAUUUUCCAUAGUGCAAAAACGAUGCUUUUGCUGUAACAUUAGCUGAAAAGGCACUUGCAGAAAACAAGCGUGUUGUCAUGUAGGACAACGGUGAAGAUACUGAAGAUCAUCAUCAGCAGAGGCUGUUGAACCGGAACGCCAUCACGGAAUUGUGCAAAAGCGCAAAACAGAAAGCUGUCGGCUGUAAGGGAUUCUCUUUGCUUCAGGUUCCGAGGAUUUCACAUUCACAGAUGGCGUCAAAUUCUCGAGUGUCCAUUCUCGAUUACUUCAAUAUUGUCUUUGAGGGCGAAAAUGGCAAAAUUGAGUCUAACUGCAAAGCCUGUGGCACAAGAAUACAGGCAAAGCGGACAGUUACCUCUAACUUCGUUACACAUUUAAAGCGUAAGCAUCAAGCAAUGUAUGAUGAGUUUUUGAGGAAAAAAGAUGUCAAAAGAGAGGCCUAUUCUGGAUCGGUACAGUCCUACACAAGCAUAAGUGGCACCAGUCGAACAGCUUCUCAGAGUGUGGCAGGAACAACGAAAUUUGAACGAAGUGAUCCACGACAGUCCCUCAUUUCUGAAACAAUUACCAAGAUGAUCAUCCGGGAUCUGCAGCCUGUGCAGAUUAUAGAGAAUGAAGGCUUCCGUGAGCUACUUAAGCUCCUUGAGCCUCGUUAUGUCCCAGAGCCAAGUCAUUACAUACAGCAGCAGCUCCUUCCGGCUUACAGCUACCAAGUACAGCUAGCGACUAAGCUGGCUCUCUCAGGAGUCGAUUCCUGCAGUAUAACCCUGGAUCUAUGCACAUACAAUGCUGUGUCUGUCAACAACUGUUCUGGCUACCUGGGUGUGACAUGCCAUUUCAUAACACCAGACUGGCAGAUCAAAUCCACUCUGUUAUCAUGUAUUCCUCUCAAAAAUUAUAGAGACACUCAGCGCAUGCUCACUGAGUUUGAUGAGAUCUGUCAUGUUCAUGAUAUCUCGGGUAAGGUGUUUCGAAUCGUUAUCGAUCCCUUCCCUUGUGUAAGCCGAUCAACUUUUGGCCUUCCUGGUUUUUAUCUCCACACUAAUGGUGUUGUGGAAGAUGAGGAGGAAGAGAGUAGUGAUGAAGAAAAUUGUGCAGGCGAAGGUAAGAAUGCUGUUUGUGGAGCAGAAGAGCAGAAUUCGUUAAAUCAGUGCUUGGGUCGGUGUAGGAUAGAUUGCUUUGCCCAUUCACUGAGCCAGUGCAUACAAGAAGGGAUCUGUUCCUCCCCUCAGAUAUCCACCACUCUCACUAAAGCGGCUUGCUUUUACAACUAUGUUGUUGCUACAGUGACUCCUGAAAAACUUAGUAAAGUGUUUGUUCCUGGACCAGUAGGAAAUGGACAGUGCCCUUCAGCUUUAGACAAACACUGGAACACCCAGCUAAAGACAAUGCGACAAAUGCUUGAAUCAUUGGAUUUUCUAGAGGAUAUUGUGGACCGAAAUGAUUUGGCACUCAACAGUGUUGAAAAAGCCAUGCUCCAUGAAUUAGUUGAGAUCUUGGAACCUUUUGAGGAAGCCACAGAUAUGGUCCAAGGAGACAAGCAUGUGUCUAUCAGUCUUGCCCUCCCCAGUGUCCUGGGCCUUCGUAAGCACCUGGCAGAGGUUGUGACACACCAGUGUGCAGGACUGGUAACAGGAUUGACUCAUGCUCUGGACCAGAAAUUAGCUGGCAUCCUGGAGGAUCCUUUGUUUGUGACAGCCACUACCCUGGACCCACAGUUUAAACUUUCAUGGAGUAGUGACCGGGACUGGCACAAGCAGGUUCUCCUGGAGGAGAUGGGAAAGCACAGUCAGCCUGUGAGUCUACCAGAGCCCAGUUCAGAUGCUCAGCCAUCCCCAUCUAAGCGCAGCAGACUAUUCUCUUUUAUCAAAGAAAGGCCAUCAACACAGGCUAAGAGUAUGGAGCAGGAGCUGGCUGCAUAUUUGCACGAGGAGCCCACAGAUGAAGAUCCCCUGCAGUACUGGAAGCGCAAGUCUAUUGAUUUUCCUUUACUUUCACUAGUGGCCAAAAAAGUGUUUACUGUCCCAGCUACAACAACAGCAGUGGAAAGAAUAUUCUGCCUUGUAAGCAAAACCCUAAGACCCGAACACUGCAGACUCCUUCCAAAAAACUUAGAUACAUUGAUUUUUUUGAAGGCCAACUACAGCAUAUUGUGGUCUUAAUUGCUUUAAAAGGAUACUGACAGUAGAUUUAAAUUUUUUUAAAGGAUACCUCAAACCCAGUAUUUAUGAGCAUAAAACUGCAGUCACCCAACACAACACUAAAGCAACUCUUUGUAUACAGGACUGUUAUUGAACCAGUUAUGUGGCAUGAUCUACACACGUAACCUGCUGUUGUCGCUACUUGUUUUUUACAUUGGUUGUAUUUACAUUUUUUUAUUUAUCAGAUUGUCAAUCAGAGAAUCUAAGAAUAGAGCUGAGCAUCAGGAAUAUGGGCUUAAUCAGGGCACAACAGUGAUCCUUUUGUAGUCCUAAAUGAUAAAAUUUGCUGCCAUUGAAACGGAAUAUGUUGACCUAUGACUACACUUGUUAUAAAAUCCAAAUAAAUGAUUAAGAAAUUAACAAUGAUAAUAAAGUUCCUCAUUAACCUCACAGAUUGUUAAUAGGCUUGAAAAUGCAGCUCUCAGCAAAUCUCAGCUCCUGUGUGGUAAAAGAGUGUUUGUCCUGUCAUAAGGAGUUCAUAAGUUUCAAAAGUUCAUACAGUACUUACGGCCAGUUCAUGCUUUAUGCUUGUCACUAACAGCAGCCAAUUCAUGAUGGGUUUAUAUGGCUAUGGUUGGUAAACAUACCCCUGUGU